AUGGAAGAGAAAGAAAGCAUUCCUGAAAACUCUAUGGAGGCUGUGAGUGAAGCAUCUGGGGACAAGAUCUCUGCAGAAGAUGAGACACAUCUCAAGAAGUCUGAAGAAUCGCAAGAAAGUGAUAACAAAGACACUGAUACCAAUAACAGUGAUGUAGGCAAAGCUACUGAUAGUAAUGGUGAUUCUGUGAAUGAUCCGAUGAGUGAUAAGGAUGGUGAUAGUGGGCUCCAGAACCAUGUAGAACACGAGAAUGAAAGUGUUAGUGAUAAAGAUAAGGUGACCAAUGCGGAAAGUGCUGAUGACCCUGUUGCAGGGGCAAUAGAUGAUGAGACGGCUAAGGAAAAUGAUAUUAAAUUGGAAGAUGCAGAAACAGUAGAUGAUCUACCACAGAAAGUAGAAAUUCCAGAAGAAUCAAACAGCCAAGAAUCUGCUAGUCAAGACUCUGCACAUGAAUCAGUCCAGGAAACCAGCUCAGAGCUUCCCGAAGCUAGCCAAGAUUCAGAAGCCGCUGCUGUGACAGCAAGUGAGGUAGAUGAUCAGGAGACAACUCCUGUGGAGAAAAAGGAUGAUGACGUGGGUAAACCUGAGUUUGAAACAGCACCUAAUGUUCAGGAUGAGCCUCAGGAAGACCAUACACAGGCGUUGGACCCUUUUGAUGCCCUACUGAAGGACAAAAGUGACAGCAUUACAGAAACAUCCACAGCUAAACCAAGUGGGGACGUCAACUUGGAUGAUGAUGAUGAUGACCACAAUGCAGACAGUGUUGCAGCACAUGAUGAUGAUCACACUGGAGUCGGGUAA